AUGGCUUCAUUUAAAAUCUUAAAUAAUGUUUCACCUCCUUUCAGGACAAAAAAAGGAGUUAAGCAAGGCCGUGUCGCCUCUCCUCUACUGUUCUAUAUAGUAAUGAAUAGAGUAAUUACUGAUAUAUUAGGGGCAGCCAAUCUUCUAGAACUUGGAUCCAAUCAGCCGUGGUUUUUGGAAAACAGGGCGAUUAGUUAUGCUGAUGACUUGGUCUUGAUUGCAAAAAACUUGGAGGAGGCUAACAAUUUGGUCUUGAUACUAAACACUUUUAGUCUUAAGGUUGGAUUAGAUAUUAACUUCGAUAAGGCUGUGAUCAUGCCACAUGCUCCCCCUCUGGGAGAUUGGUUAGUUGGAGGAAAAGUUAUCAAAGUAGUGUCUUCCUAUAAAUAUCUUGGAGUGAACAUCGACAAUAAAGGCAGUUAUAAAGAUGAACUGAGAUUCCGAAUUCAGAAUUCUAGAGCUGCUUUCUACAAAUAUUUUAAGCUAUGGAGAACUAGGGAGAUAUCGGUGUUCACUAGGCUAAGAAUUUUCAACUCUUCUAUCAUUCCAAUCCUCCUUUACGGGGGUGAUACAUGGGAGAUAACUAAGACGGAGACAAAGAGAUUGCAAACGUUUGUUAAUAAAUGCUUAAGAAUAAUCAAUGGCGUCUUUAACCCCAACAUCAUUUCGAACGACAACCUUUGGAGAAGGUCUAAACAUACUCCGGUACAAGUAACUCUAAAGAAAAAGCGUAUAACCUUCUUCGCGCAUAUUCUGAGGAAUCAUACCAAUAAAAGCCUAGUCCUUGAUGCCAUAAAUUGGCUAUACUCCUUUAACGGCAAAUCCUAUGGAAGGUUUAAAAGAUUAUGGUACUAUAGGGCAAUGAAAGACAUCAUGGAUAUGAACUUAAACACUAAACAGUUUCUAAGGCUAAAUAAGAAUAAGAGAUCAAUAAAGAAACUGCUUAAAAUCAAAUCAAAUUAUUUAAAUCUCCCAUAA